GUGCUCGCGCUUUCCGCGUCUGAAAUCCGUGCGCUGACAGCCAGCGGUGAAAGAACAUCAACAGCCACCUCAAAGACCGGAAAAUUAAUUCAUCAUCCAUACGUGAAUCUGACGAUCUUCAAUUGUAUUUUCUUUAUAUGUAAAUACCAAAGGCAUUCGUUUUAUUCGGGAUUUUGCGAACUUCGAUUUCAAUCAUGAAUCCGUUGUGUGGCAGAUGUAACAAAGUCGUGUACCCCACGGAAAAAGUGAAUUGUCUGGACAAGUACUGGCAUAAAGGAUGCUUCAGUUGCGAGAUCUGCAAAAUGACUCUCAACAUGAAGAACUACAAAGGCUUUGAAAAGAAACCCUACUGUAAUGCACACUAUCCCAAGACGUCAUUCACCAGUGUUGCUGAUACUCCUGAGAACCUUCGUCUGAAGCAACAAAGCAAAAUGCAGAGUCAGGUGCUGUACAAAGAGGAGUUUGAGAAGAGCAAAGGGAAGGGCUUCAGUGUUGUGACUGACACGCCAGAAAUGCAGAGACUCAAGAAAACACAGGACCAGAUCAGCAACAUCAAGUAUCAUGAAGACUUUGAGAAGAGCCGAAUGGGUGGAGAGGGACCACCCCAACAACCUCCACCUCAGCAAAAUACUACCUCAGCGUACCAGCCUCCCGCAGCCACUCAGAACUACCACUACGAGCCUGAGCCCGAGCCAGUUCGUCAGGCUGCUGCUGCUCCUCCUCCCAGUGCCGGGAAGCGGUACCGGGCCGUAUACGACUACGUGGCAGCCGACACUGACGAGGUGUCCUUCGUGGACGGCGACGUGAUCAUGGACGUGCAGCAGAUCGACGAGGGCUGGAUGUACGGCCGAGUGGAGCGCACCGGCCAGGUCGGCAUGCUGCCCGCCAACUACGUGGAGGCCAUCUGAGGGGGACGGAGAUGGAGAGAGAGAGAGAAAGGGGGAUAGAGGGGGAAAAAACAGACUGGAACGGAGGGAGAGGAAGGGAGGGCUUGUGUGUGUGUGUGUGUGUGUGUGUGUGUGUGUCUGAGCUGACCACACCACAGCCCAGUGCCAUCUCAUGUUAAAAGCGCUUUUGUUUUUUUGUUUAGCUUUUGUUUUCUCUCUUCAUCUCGUACACAAACAUAAGUUAUGUGUUUGUCGAAAACGUAAACAGGCUCAUCUCUGUACAGCAGAACUCUCAUCGAAAUCUGCAUAUAAUCACUAAACUGUACCUUAGCACCACCCCACACCCCUUCUACCUGUGUGUCUGUGAUGUCUGUCAGCACUCAUGGUGUGUCUGCCCCCCUUUCCCGUCUGUCUGUAUUUCUUUGUCUUUCUUUCUAUUUGUCGGUCUGUCUCUCUGCCUGACUGCAUCUGUCUCGAUCCAGAGAGGGUGCUAUCACAAGUGGCACUUAAGUCUUAAUGACACACCUACACCUGUAUGGAUACAUAUGUGUACAUAAACACACAUAUACACUCAGUACAUAUCUUAACUGAUGCACACAGACCUGUAGGCUUCAGUCAGUAAAUCAGGGGUCAUCUGAAUCAGCACUUCUUAAACAAACAGGACCCCACCCCAAUCAUUUAGCUCUAGUUGUCAUGACAACGAUCGCAAGCAUAUACUCCUUUAAUUUUUAUUGUUUUUCUGUUUUAGUUUUUUGUUUUCUUCAACUCAUAAUCAGCUGUAUAUUUUGUCAGUCAGGCAUAGUGUAAAAUCUCAAUGGUAGGCAGUCAAUGAAGCUUGAAUUUUAGACUUGUGAUCAUUCCCUUUUGUCUUAAUAGACAAAUCUCAGAGGUUUGUCCAUGGGCAUCAGAUAUGAGAGUGGGAGAAUCUCGCGUCAGGGCUAGAUUUCUGGGCUUUGGAAAAAGGUGGGAACACAGCAUCAGCGUUUAAGCAUAAUGGCUGAUGCCUGUAUAUGCCACAGUUAUGUUUUUACAUCAACAUCUCCAGUGCCAGCAGGACCUCUUGGAUUAUGGGUAUUGUGGUCAAACUGGAAUCUUAUGUUAAAAACUCCCACUUCCAUCCUAAUGGUGUCACAAUGGGUGUGAUAUGAGGAGUGCAGUGAGCAUUCUGCGGUGACAACACUGUCCUUCAGGGAGUUGCACUCUGAACUGAAGUCACGGUUUCUUCAGCAUGUUUGGUGAGCAUGCAGUCUCUGUGAUGACAAGGUAGGGAACUACAAAAAAUAAAAAUGCAUUUAUAAAAAAUGAAUAAGAUAAAGCACAUUGAUGUGUGUCUCAGCUCCACUCUUGUCAUUCAUACACUGAUCAAAAUAUAUAUGGAGGCAUUUGCUGUAAAUGCACCUUUUAAAAUGGUUUUGGUUCCUUGUCCUGUCAUCACUGAAAGUACUGCCUGUAUUUCAGUCAAACAACAUGCCUGUCGAUAUAAGAAUGGCUUGCUGUUGGGGCUGCAGACUCAUCUCAUAACCUCAUAUGGCAUUGGGGACUGGGUUGGUGUGGAGUGGUGUCCUUUGCCAGCCUUGGAUGAGGUGGGGUGGGCAAAGACUGGCCAGGACAAAACCAGGCAAAGCACAAUGUUAAGUCAUUCCUUUGAACUCUCAUUCUUUUUUUGUUUGUCUCAUUUCUCUUCUGGGACAUUGUGUGUUGUGUAAAACUAUCAGUGAUCAAAUGCUCUUUAUGACAUCAGUUAUCAUUGUAACUUUUUCUUUUGUCAUGCUGUUUCCAUUCCUUGUCUCCAUUGCUGUUGUAAGAGACAGUUGAAAUGCCAAUAUGAAUAUCAUUGAAAUAAAAAGAAAAAACUUAUUUGUA